AUGUGGAUUGCCUUUCUUACUAUUUGCGGUUUGAUUAUCGGAACUCAGUCUUCUGCUACUGUGACAUCUCAACUUCAAAUGGAAGCAAAUGCAAUAUUAAAUAGUGGAUGGUGGAACACGUCUGAAGCAUGCUUCAACAUCUCUGAUCGUUGUACUUGGGAUGAUAUAUUUUGCAACGACGCUGGAAGCAUAAAAGCAAUCAAAAUAGACUGGGGAAGCAAACUUGCAACACCCAACUUGUCUACUCUCAACUAUUCUGCUUUUAACAAUUUAGAAAGCCUUGUUAUAAGUGGAAGUGACCUAGAUGGGACUAUUCCAAAAGAAAUUGGUCACCUUUCCAAACUCACUCAUCUUGAUUUGUCUCACAAUUAUCUUAAAGGUCAGCUACCUCCUUCAAUAGAUAAUCUUAGGCAAUUAAAUUACCUAGACAUCUCUUUUAACUUUAUUCAAGGUUCCAUCCCUCCUGAACUGUGGUUGCUGAAAAAUCUCACUUUCUUAGAUCUAUCUAACAAUAGAUUCAAAGGUGAGAUACCUUCUUCACUAGGAAAUCUAAAACAAUUAGAAGACCUUGACAUCUCUAGCAAUUACAUUCAAGGUUCCAUUCCUCUUGAGUUAGUGUUCUUGAAAAAUAUCACUACAUUAAAUCUAUCUCACAAUAGACUCAAUGGAAACUUGCCUAUUUCUCUUACAAAUCUCACAAAAUUAGUAUACAUUGAUAUUGCAUAUAAUUUUCUCACAGGUAUCCUUCCACCUAACUUCGGUCAAUUAAAAAAGUUGCAAGUGUUGAUGUUAAAAAACAACUCCAUCGGAGGAACCUUUCCAAUUUCCUUAACAAAUAUCCCUCUAUUAGAAACCCUUGACAUUUCUCACAACUCACUCAUUGGUUACCUUCCUUCCGAUUUUUUUACAUUGACAAAUUACAAAACUUCCAUUGACCUCAGUUACAACCUCAUUAGUGGUGAAAUCCCAUCCAUGAUUGGAAAUUUUCGACAACUUCUUUUAAGCCAUAAUAAUCUCACUGGAACAAUUCCCCAUUCUAUUUGUAAUGUUAAUUUUAUAAACAUUUCCCAAAAUUAUUUAAGGGGUCCCAUUCCAAAUUGUGUUGAUCCUUAUAGAGUAAUAGGGAACAAGGAUUUAUGUAGCAACAUUCCAUACAAGAAAAUAUACUUCGAAUUCCAAACUUGUCUACCUCCAAAGAAAAGUAAUAAAGUAAAGCAUUAUGUUUUCAUUGCUCUUCCUAUCCUUAUUAUUCUAAUCUUAGCCUUAUCACUUAUCAUAUGCUUCAAAUUUCGUCAUACCUCUGUUAAGAACAAGCAUGCAAUAACAACAACAACAACAACAACAACAAAUGGGGAUUUGUUUUGUGUAUGGAACUAUGACGGAAAAAUAGCAUUUGAUGACAUUAUUAAAGCAACAGAAGACUUUGACAUGAGAUAUUGCAUUGGAACCGGAGCAUAUGGAAGUGUUUACAAGGCACAAUUACCAUGUGGCAAGGUUGUCGCCUUAAAGAAACUUCAUGGCUAUGAAGCAGACGUUCCAUCUUUUGAUGAGAGUUUCAGAAAUGAAGUGAGAAUAUUGACAGAAAUAAAGCACCGACAUAUUGUGAAGCUUCAUGGAUUCUGCUUGCACAAGAGAAUCAUGUUUUUGAUCUAUCAGUACAUGGAGAGAGGAAGCUUGUUCACUGUCUUGUAUGACGAUGUAGAAGCUGUGGAAUUCAAUUGGAGAAAAAGGAUUAGCACUGUUAAAGGAAUUGCAUUUGCUCUUUCAUAUCUUCAUCAUGAUUGUACUGCUCCAAUAGUGCAUAGAGAUGUAUCUACUAGCAAUAUCUUGCUAAACUCUGAGUGGAAGGCUAGUGUCUCUGACUUUGGCACAGCUCGAUUCCUUCAAUAUGAUUCAUCCAAUCGAACUAUAGUUGCUGGAACUAUUGGAUAUAUAGCUCCCGAGCUUGCCUAUACUAUGGCUGUGAAUGAGAAGUGUGAUGUAUAUAGUUUUGGUGUAGUGGCACUUGAAACAUUAGUUGGAAAGCACCCUGAGGAUAUAUUGGCAUCACUUCAAUCUCCAUCGACACAAAGUAUCAAAUUAUGUCAAGUAUUAGACCAACGUAUUCCACUUCCAAAUAAUGAAAUAGUUAUACGUGACAUAAUUCAAGUUGCCGUGGUAGCAUUUGCAUGUUUAAAUCUCAAUCCUCGCUCUCGACCAACAAUGAAAUGUGUGUCAGAAAGUUUUGCUACUGAAUUGACACCAUUAAAAACUCUUUUGAGUGAAAUUUCAUUGCAGCAACUCUUGAGUCAAGAACUCAAAGCGUUAUUUCAUAUUGUAAACCAUUGAAAGAAAAACUUCGGAAUUAAUUAAGUUGAGUGUGUUAUUAUUAUUAUUAUUCAAUAAAUACAUUGUCUAUUUUUUUUC